AUGUCUACAAGACCUUUAGUCACCGUUUAUGACGAAAAGAACAAUGCCACUGGCACACAAGUUAAAUUGCCAACAGUUUUCUUAACUCCAAUCAGACCAGAUUUAGUUAGUUUUAUUCACGACCAAGUUCGUAAGAAUAAAAGACAAGCUCAUGCAGUUUCAACCAAAGCUGGACAUCAAACUUCUGCUGAAUCAUGGGGAACUGGACGUGCUGUUGCCCGUAUUCCAAGAGUACGUGGUGGUGGUACUCACAGAUCCGGACAAGGAGCUUUCGGUAACAUGUGCCGUGGAGGACACAUGUUUGCUCCAUUAAAGGUUUAUCGCAGAUGGCACCGUAAAGUUAAUGUUGCUCAAAAAAGAUACGCUAUUGCUUCAGCUAUUGCUGCUUCUGGUAUGCCUGCUCUUGUUCAAGCACGUGGACACACUAUUGAGAAAAUUAAUGAAGUUCCACUUGUUGUUUCUUCAAAAAUUGAAUCACUUACAAAGACCAAAGAGGCUGUUGAAAUUUUGAAAUCUCUUGGAGUUUGGGGAGACAUUGAACGUGUCUAUUCUUCAAAAUCAACUCGCGCUGGAAAAGGAAAAAUGCGUGAUCGUAAGACAAAACAAAAAUGUGGACCAGUUAUUAUUUACAAAAAUGAUGGUGGAGUCGUUCGUGCUUUCCGUAAUAUUCCAGGAGUUUCUCUUGUUAAUGUUAACAAACUUAACAUUCUUAAAUUAGCUCCAGGUGGUCAUGUUGGACGUCUUAUCAUUUGGUCAGAAGCUGCUUUCCAAACUCUUGAUGCAAUUUAUGGUAAUGAAACCGUUGCAUCUUCCAAAAAAGGAUUUGCUCUUCCACAACCAAAAAUGACUGUUACAGACUUCACACAUAUUAUUACAUCUGAAGCAGUUGUUAAAGCUCAUAAGCAUAAGAAGAUUACUCUCGCUAAGACUGGAAUCAAGAGAAAUCCACUUAAGAAUGCCGCUGCUAUGAACAAGCUUAACCCAUAUGCUAAGAUCCAAAAGAAACUUAACAAAGCUGCUGCUACAAAGAGCGCUUAA